UAUGAAGCCACAAUGUUAAUAAAGUUUGAAUAUUAAACAUUAAGUAUAUUAAUUUGUCGGGGAUCGCGUUUUAACGUCUCGUUUAAGUGUCUUUCAAUGCACCAAAUUGCUUGGGCCGUGUGAUGUUGGCGUGGCUGCCCAUGUGGGUUACGCGAUGUAAUAAGCAAGAUCUUGGCAUUGGUCUCAAAAAUGUAUCUAAGAUUCGGGUCAAGCUCUUGAGAUUAAUUAGGCACCAUGACGAAUACAAAAGGCAAGAGGAGGGGAACCAGGUAUAUGUUUGCCAGGCCCUUCCGUAAGCAUGGCCCAGUUCCGCUGUCUACUUACAUGCGCAUCUACAAGAAAGGAGACAUUGUUGAUAUAAAGGGCACAGGAACUGUUCAGAAGGGCAUGCCCCAUAAGUGCUACCAUGGCAAAACGGGUCGUGUUUACAAUGUCACACAGCAUGCUGUAGGCAUCAUCGUCAACAAGCAGGUCAAGGGCAAGAUCCUUGCCAAGAGGAUUAAUGUGCGCAUCGAGCACAUCAAGCACUCGAAGAGCAGAGACAGCUUCCUGCAGCGCGUCAAGGAAAAUGAGAAGAGAAAGAUGGAGGCCAAACAGCAGAACACCUGGGUGGAGCUGAAGCGGCAGCCGGCAGCACCUCGCCUAGCUCACUUUGUCAGCACCAAGAACAACGUGCCCCAGCUGUUGGAGCCCAUCCCCUACGAGUUUAUGGCAUAAGUCUGCCGACCCAUUAAAGUUCUUUCCACACGA